AUGGGGUCGCUUGAGCCUCCAAGAACAGGAAGGAUAACCAGAGAGAGUAAGAAUGGACCCGCAAGCGACGAUGGCAGCCAGAAAAUAUUAAAGAAUAAAAGUGGUGAUAAGAAGAGAAACAAGAGAGAAGACAAGGCCGCAAUAAAGAGUAAACAGAGAAAUAAGAACACGAGGAGGAAAGAGAUAAGAGACGAACACAACAACAAGAGUCGUCAUAGAGGUGACAAGAACGAGGAGAACACGCCAGAGAUGACGACAAAUGACAACAAGACAAAGACAAAACAACGAAGAGGAAGAGGCAAAAAGACGCUUACGGGAAUGGGUAAGAAUGACCUUAAUAAAGACAGUGACAAGAACAAUGGACAAACUGGGCCUGGCAGCAAGAGAACACGGAAACCACAAGGAAAAGAGAAGAGUCCAAACGGAAAAGACAACCGGAAAGGUGAAAGAAAAAGGGAAAGAAGAAAUAGAAUAGACAAUAACACAAGAAACAAGACAAUAACAGCCAACACAAACCACAAAGGAAAGGAGAUAGAUAAAGCGCAAAGAAAGAGGAAAGAUGACGAAGAAAUUGGCAAACCCGAACGAGAGAAAAAGAUAAAAGAUUAUAUAGAAGUGAUGACGAGCAAGAGAGGCGGAGGAGGAAAUAAGAACCACAGAGGAAAGAACAACAAUAAACACAGGAAGAACAAAAAUACAGUCGAACCAAAGAGGAGAAAAGUCAAGAAAAUUAAAAAUCAGAAACAAAAACUUGAGAGAAUAAGUUCAUCCUCGAGGAAGAAAACAAAAACAUACUCGAGGGAGAGCAAGAUAAAUGUGAAGAAAAAUAGAUUUAACGUAAAUAAAAUAAAUAAGGAUAAUACAAAAAAUAAAGGGAAUAAGAAGAAAAAUAUGAGUAAUACAAAUAUGAGGAAGAGUAAGAAGGAAGAGUAA